GUGCACGCGGAAGGCCUUAGAGCGCGCCAUUGAAGAGAACUCCAACGUGAUUAUUUCAAUUUCGCUGUCGGACUGCGACUGAAAUGUUUUGCUGAAAAAAAGUUUUUUUAGACAACUAAGCGUUAAACCGACAAGGAGGAUGGCGUACAGAGGACAAGGGCAGAAGGUCCAGAAGGUUAUGGUGCAGCCAAUCAACCUUAUUUUCAGGUAUCUACAGAACCGUUCUCGGAUACAGGUGUGGCUGUAUGAACAAGUGAACAUGCGGAUAGAGGGCUGCAUCAUCGGCUUUGACGAGUACAUGAACCUGGUUCUGGAUGACGCUGAGGAGGUCCACAUGAAGACCAAGAACAGGAAGCCCCUGGGGAGGAUCAUGCUGAAAGGUGAUAACAUCACCUUGCUACAGAGUGUUGCCACUUAACUCAACAGGACAACAUCUUUCUACAGCCAGCAGACAGACUUGUGGAUGUUUUUCCCAUUCUAUUUUGUAAUGUUUUUCAACACUUAACUCAACAGGACAACAUCCAUCUACAGCCAGCAGACAGACUUGUGGAUGUUUUUCCCAUUCUAUUUUGUAAUGUUUUUCAUUUUUUUUGCAAACAAUGUUGAAGCUCGAUGGUGUUUGGUACAUGAAUAAUGUAAUUUUCCAUUUAUUAAUGUUUCCUCCUCUGAAAUAAAUUGAGUUUUGUUUCUUA